UUUAUCCCAUACUCCCCAGUGGGGCCCAGGAGCCACCAUGUCCCUCCCUGGGGCCCAGCGCACGACAGCCUGUGGCCCACUGUGUCCCGCAGGCAGUUCCAUAAGGCGGAUAGCCACUUCUCAGUGGCCAUCCGGCACAACCCCCAGAAGGCCCAAUACUACCUGCACCGUGCCAGGACCCGGCAGCUCCUGCAGAACAUUUUGGGGGCCCGCCUGGAUGUUGCCACUGUCCUGCUCCUCAGCCCCAAGCAACCCAAGGUGCUCCCACUGAUGGCCAGCCUCUUCCCGGGCAUGUCGGUGGAGGAGGUGCUCUGCAGCCAGGUGGCCCACCUGGCCAGGCUGCAGUUGAAUCGGGUGUUGGAGAGCAGCCUGCAGGCUGGCAUCCCUCGAGGCAUCGUGGGGCAGCUCAGACAGCGGGAAAGAGAGCGCGAGAAGGCGCGGGCCCUGCAGUUCUGGUGGAAGCCUUUGUUGGGGAACUCUGAAGAGCUCCAGGCCACUCCCCAGACCCUGACAGGAGAGCCAGCAGGUGCAAACGAAGCUGAGGCCCUCCACGAGGAGGAAGAGGAGGAGCAGUGGGAGCCUGCACCCAACAGGAUGAGGUCCCUGUCCGACAGCUACCUCGACCAGACCUCUUCAGGCUCUGUCUUUGGCUUCAGGACCAUGUCCACCUCAGAGACAGAGACGUCCACUAUCUGCCAGGAAUACAAGAGCACCUCAGCCACUGCUGUGACAUCCUCUGACUCCCCACUGCUGAAGACUCAAUCCUCAGACCUGCUGGAGAACAGAGAACACCUAAGCUUGAGCCACAGCCCCAGAAAAACCAAGGCCACCCAGGGCCACAGCCAGAGCCCCAGCAGGACCAAAGUCACCCAGGGCCAGAGCCGGAGGCCCAGCAAGAUGGAGGCCACCCAGGGCCAGAGCCGGAGCCCCAGCAGGACCAAAGCCACCCAGGACCAGAGCCGGAGGCCCAGCAAGGUGGAGGCUGCCCAGGGCCAGAGCCGGAGGCCCAGCAGGACCAAGGCCACCCAGGGCCAGAGCCGGAGGCCCAGCAGGACAGAGGCCGUCCAGGGCCAGAGCCAGAGCCCCAGCAGGACCAAAGUCACCCAGGGCCAGAGCCGGAGGCCCAGCAAGGUGGAGGCUGCCCAGGGCCAGAGCCGGAGGCCCAGCAGGACUAAGGUCACCCAGGGCCAGAGCCGGAGGCCCAGCAAGGUGGAGGCCGCCCAGGGCCAGAGCCGGAGGCCCAGCAAGGUGGAGGCCGCCCAGGGCCAGAGGCCAGAGCCGGAGGCCCAGCAGGACGGAGGCCGCCCAGGGCCAGAGCCGGAGGCCCAGCAGGACGGAGGCCGCCCAUGGCCAGAGCUGGAGGCCAAGCAAGAUGGAGGCUGCCCAGGGCCAGAGCCAGAGUUCCAGCCAGACUGA